GGGGGCAAGAUGGCGGCGGCGGUGGGGCAGGAGCGACAGGAGACGGCAGCGGCCGAGCACGAGCACGAGCGCAUCCUGCGGGAGAUCGAGAGCACAGAGUCGGCUUGCAUCGGGCCCACGCUCCGGUCGGUGUACGAUGGAGUGGAACACUGGAGGUUCAUGGAGAAACUGGAUGCCCGGAUCAGGAACCACGACCGUGAGAUUGAGAAGAUGUGCAACUUCCACUUCCAGGGAUUUGUGGAUUCCAUCACGGAGCUGCUGAAGGUGCGGGGAGAGGCACAGAAACUGAAGAUCCAGGUGACUGAUACAAAUGACAAGCUGCAAGAGACGGGGAGGGAGAUAAUUGUUGAGAUGGAGGAACUGAAGAAGUGUCGUUCCCAACAGAGGAACAUCGCUGCCACCAUGGACCAGCUGACCCUGUGUCUACCAGUUCUGGAGAUGUACAGCAAGUUACGAGAACAGAUGAAGACUAAAAGGCACUACCCCGCCCUGAAGACGAUGGAGUACAUGGAGCACACCUUCCUGCCCCGGGUCAACCCCUACCGCUUCUGCAGCAUCAUGAUGGAGAACAUCCCCAGGCUGCGGCAGGAGAUCAAGGAGGUGUCCAUGUCCGACCUGAAGGACUUCCUGGAGAGCAUCCGCAAGCACUCGGACAAGAUCGGGGAGACGGCCAUGAAGCAGGCUCAUCAGCAGAGGAACAUAGACAACGUGGUCUCCCAGCAACACAAGAUGGGGAGCGGGAAGAAGCUGAAGAAAGAUGGCGGCUUUGUGUUCGACGCGGAGGUGGACAGCACCAGCCCCAUGUCCGAGCAGGAUUCUGGGAUCCUGGACGUGGAGGACGAGGAAGACGAAGAAGAGGUGCUGAGCGUGCAGGAUCUGGUGGACUUCUCCCCCGUGUACCGGUGUUUGCACAUUUACACCGCGCUGGGUGCCCAGGAUACGUUUGAGAGCUACUACAGGAAACAAAGGAAGAAACAGGCUCGCUUAGUCUUCCAACCCCCUUCGAACAUGCAUGAAACAUUAGACGGCUACAGGAGGUACUUUCAUCAAAUCGUGGGCUUCUUCGUGGUUGAGGACCACAUCCUCCACACCACCCAGGGUCUGGUGAACAGAGUGUACAUCGACCAACUCUGGGAGCUGGCCGUGUCCAAAACCAUGUCAGCACUCCGCACCCAUUCAUCGUACUGCUCGGACCCAAACCUGGUGCUGGAUUUGAAGAACCUCCUCGUUCUCUUUGCAGACACUCUACAGGGUUAUGGCUUCCCGGUCAAUCAGUACUUUGACAUGCUGUUGGAGAUACGAGAUCAGUACGGAGACAUUCUGCUCAAGAAGUGGUCUGGAGUCUUCAGAUAUAUCUUAGAGUUGGACAACUACAGUGCUAUUCCUGUCUGUAAUGAAGAGGAGUUCUUGAAGAUGAUGGCUCAGUUUCCAUUCCAGGAUCCAGACUUGGAAAACCAACCGUUCCCGAAGAAGUUCCCGUUCUCGGAGUUUGUUCCCAAAGUCUACUCCCAGAUCAAGGAAUUCAUCUACGCCUGCCUCAAGUUUUCCGAAGACCUUCAUCUGAGUUCCACAGAGGUGGAUGACAUGAUCCGAAAGUCGACCAACCUCCUCAUGACCAGGACCCUGAGCAACUGCCUGCAAAACGUCAUCAAGAAGCAGCAUGUGGGACUGACAGAGCUUGUACAGAUUAUCAUCAACACAACACACCUGGAGGGAUCCUGCAAGUUUCUAGAGGAGUUUAUCACCAACAUUACCAAUGUACCACCAGAUACGGUUCAUGCCACCAAGCUGUAUGGAACAGCAACCUUCAAGGAUGCCCGGCAUGCCGCAGAGGAAGAGAUCUACACCAAACUCAACCAGAAGAUCGACCAGUUCCUGCAGCUCGCCGACUAUGACUGGAUGAGAGGGGAGUCCAACGGGCACGCCAGCGAUUACCUGCUCGACCUCAUCGCCUUCCUGCGCAGUACCUUUGCCGUCUUCACCCACCUGCCGGGCAAAGUGGCUCAGACAGCUUGCAUGUCCGCCUGCAAGCACCUCUCCACGUCUCUGCUGCAGUUUCUGCUCGACACCGAUGUCAAGCAGGUCACCAUGGGGGCGCUGAAACAGUUCAACAUGGACAUCAAGGAGUGUGAACGUGAGUGGCUAAAGGAACCUCCCAAUAUUUUUGCCCCGUUCUUAAGAUUGGGCAGAGCUGGCCUUCCUGAUGAGUUUGUUGAUGCUGUUGGCGUCCGUGACCUUCGCCCUGUUGCCCCGGCAGACGGCAGUGAAGAAGAUGCCACUGGCUAG